AAUAUCAUCCAGGGAGCACAAUUUGACCUUUAUGCGAAUGCGAGGCUGACGAUAUCUAUUCCCUGGAAGCGAGAAACGGACGGUGGUGGUGUGGCUGAGUUCCCGCGCAGACUGUCAACACCGCGGAAAUGAGUUGACAAUCAAUUAUAGUGUGAGGACGCUAUGCCAAGAUACUACCACCUUCCUGACCACUAAGCCCGCGACUCGUAUAAUCAAUGCUAUAAAGAAUCUAUGUAGAUAGUCUCAUAGCAAUGGUCUCAUACAUGGUAUAUAUAGAGAGAAAGGGAGACAGAAGGACUUUAGAAUUACUCUUCUCACCAACAGCACUUCUGCUAAACGGUUUCAGUCCUAUCUUCACACAGAUUUCUUCAACAUGAGUUACAACAAGAAGGUCAUUGUAGCUCUCCUGGCCAAUGCUUUACAACUCCAUCCUGUAUCUGGUCAAUUCGCUUCUCCGUCACCUAUCGAAGACACCGGCGUCGUUCUCGAAAGCCAGAACGUCUCUGCUCAGUUUUUCAUAGGACUUCCAGCUCAAGGACAGCCUCUUCCGAAGAAGACCCGUUACACCCCUGACGUAGUCGGCUUCCACCAGGACGGCGGCAAUACCAGGACGAACGACUGGGACGGCCCCCUCGGCGUGUCUCCCAACGUCUCCAGCCGGUCCAUCGCCGUCUCAGCGCAGUACUGGCAUAGCGACAAUCGACUUACGGCGCGCUCCGUCUGCACGGAUGCCGCAGAGCCGUACUUCUGCAUCGCGGCCUUUGACCCGGAUACCAUGAACAUGCUCGGGUCUUGGGCCCCUGAAGGACAGACACUGCUCUCUCCGUAUGCCACUGUCGCUGGAGAUUCGGUCUUCCUGCCUACGAUGGAAAGGCACGUUUUCGAAGUUGAGAGAGUCGAUGGCGCGGGCGGUACCGCCUUCAAUCCUCUCCGAGACAUCGACCUUACUACAACCUUGCCUCAGAAUCACGGCGUCGUGAGCAGCUACAUCGAUGAAGAUCACAACUUAUGGUUCACGUCCGUUGCGCUCACGGCAACCUCUACUCCCAGUGACUCCUCCAUUCUCGGAUGCGUCACGCCAGACGGAACCAUUCGGACCGUCACCCUCAACGGCCAGAGAAUCGAAAACUCAAUCGCCAUCAGCGGAAAGACAGUCUACCUCAACACCGGACCCCUCUCAUCAGAGACCAACAGAAGCACCACCGGCCACAUGUUCUCCUUCAGGCCGAGCGGGAGCGACGGGAAAAUCACCGCGCUCUGGAACGAGACAUAUGACGCCGGCACCGCUGCUAAGCCAGGCGGCUUUUCGCAGGGCUCGGGGUCAACCCCGUCCCUGGUUGGGGACAGAUACAUCGCCAUCACGGACAACGCCGACGCGCAAGUGAACCUCUUAAUCUACCGCCAAGUCGCCGCUUCGGCUGGAAGCCUUGUGGAGGGCGAGCUGCCCUUGGUCUGCAAGGUCCCUUUAUUCGAACCCGGCGCCAGCGCAAACGAGAAUGCCAUGGUCGGGUACUUCGACGGGUCGACGUACAGCGUAAUUAUGAACAACAACUACGGAGCCCCAGAAUUGCAGGACCUAGGCGAGGGGGCGGACGUCAAUGGCGAGUUCAACGACUUUGCACCCCUGGCACCCGGAAUCACGCGGGUGGACAUCACGCCUGAGGGCAAGUGUGAGGUCCGGUGGGCGUUGGCUGUCCGCUCGACGAGCGUUCUUAGUCUCUCGACGGCCAAUGGUCUCGUUUACUCUUACACGCAAGACGAGGGACUUGCUAGCCAGGGCUUGUAUGUAUGGUACUUCACCGCCAUAGAUUUCCGGACUGGCAAGAUUGUCUGGAGAAUUCGGGCCGGAGCUGGGGGUACAUAUAACAACAAUGUAGCUCCGACUCAGAUGUCUCCUAAUGGAGGGAUCUACCAAGUUGUUGCAGGCGGCGUAACGUGGUUGCGGGAUGUUUAAGAGGUGACUGC